AUGGGAGACGAUUUGCCAAUUGAUAUUCACAGUAGUAAACUUCUCGGUAAGCCGUGAUAAUUUUAUUUAAAUUUUUUAAAAUUCAAUCUGUUUUUUUAGAUUGGUUAGUAAGUCGACGACAUUGUAAUAAAGAUUGGCAGAAAAAUGUUUUAUCAAUCAGAGAGAAGAUUAAACAUGCUAUUUUGGAUAUGCCAGAAAAUCAAGAGAUCAUUAAACUACUUCAAGGAAGUUGUAAGUGAUUUUUUCAUGGAAAAAUCAGCAAAAUUCACUGAAUUUUCAGACAUAAAUUAUUUCCAUUGUGUUCGAAUUAUUGAAAUACUCAAGGAAACUGAAAAGGAUACCAAGAAUUUUCUCGGAUUUUAUUCUUCUCAGCGUAUGAAAGAUUGGCAAGAAAUUGAAGGAUUGUAUAGAAAAGAUUAUGUAUAUUUGGCUGAAGCUGCACAAACUCUUCAAAGACUUGCUCAAUAUGAAAUUCCUGGAUUGAAAAGACAAAUCGCAAAAAAUGAUCAAGCUGUUGUUGAUGCAACCAAGAAACAUGGCGAUUAUAUAAAAACGGCUGAAGAUAGCAAAAAGCAAUAUGAAAAAGAAUUAGUACGAAUGGGUUUGAAGGUAUAAAAAAACAUCUGAAAUGUUGUAUUUAUUAUAUUAUUUUUCAGGGUAAAUCUCUUCGUGCCGAAUUACUCGAACUUGCCGCUGAACUUCCAGCAUUUUUUGAAGAAAUAUCAAAAGAUGUAUCUAAUUUGGAAUCGUCUCGUGAACAUUACCAAUUAUUUAGAGAUUAUAUGCACCAAGGAAACACACCGAAAAAUUCAAAUAUUCUUCCCGCGUUAUCUCUGCUUAUUCAAAGAGGCCUUGAUGUCACUGCUUAUGAAUUGAAAUAUGGAGAAAAACCUGAUCGAAUUGAAAAACCAAAUUUUGAUCUUCUUCUCAAAGCAGAUUCUGGAAACACAAAUGAAAGUGACGAAAUUGAUUUUGGAGAUGAUGAAAUUGAUUUCGGUGGAGAAGAAGCUGAAAGUGGUGAAAUUGAUUUUGGAACAGAUCUUCAAGUCGUUGCAGAUGAUACAGGAGCAGUUGGACAAAAAAUUGCAAGUGGACAAGAUGCUCUAAAUCUUCUCGAAAACAGCGAAACUCAAAAAAUCGUACAACAAGAAUUGAAUGAACUUCUCGCAUUUUUAACAAUGCGAUUAGAAGAUGAGACUAGAGACACUUCAGCCGAUGCUUUGAUUCGUGGAGCAGAAAAACGACCAGAAACAAUUGCAAAAGUUACUGAUAAAAAUCUGAAAGAAUGGAUUUCUCAAAUCGAAAAAAUCAUAACAAAAUUGAACAACUCGCAGAAGAAACAUCUUUAUAAAAUUCGUGGUUCUCCUCAAUAUGUCGAACAAGUUGUUGAAGAUUUGGAGAAAAAACGAGACCUCGAAGCAAGAUAUAAAAGGUAAAUAUUUAAAAUAAUUUGAAUUUUUGUUUGGUUUUACAUUAAAUUAUAAGUUUUUUUUUCAGACUUCAAAAAUUGAUGCUUGACAAACAAGAAGAGGCCAGAAAUGUUGUUGCAAAAACAAACGAAGAAUUGAAGCAAGUCGUUGAGAGCACACGUCAACUUCAAAAACAAGUCGAAGCUGAAAUUUCGAAAAAAUACAAUGGUCGUCGGGUAAAUUUAAUGGGUGGUAUUAAUCAAGCAUUGGCUGGAGUAUAA